AUGUCCACAACAACGAAAAUGCGCUUCUCUAUGGAUUCGAUCUUGGCGGCGGCAGAGGCAAACACCCGAAAGAGAUCAGCCGAUGGCGAUCUCAUGACUGCCGACAUGGCGAAGAAAUCACGUACAGAAGCCGUCGCCACUGCUGAUUUACCAGGAUUCCAGCCUGAAGUCUCUCAAGAAUCGGCCGCCCUAAAUGUAACCACGAGUUGCUCAGCGAAAAGUCCAGUUCCAUCCACAAGCUGCAGCCCAGAAGAUUUGAGCUGUCGUGUGCCACGAAGCACGGCGAGUCCUGAGUGUUCACAGUACGAAGCCAAGGAGGGCAGUUCAAAGGAAAAGGAGACAUCAGCUUCACCCGAACAAUCCGAGGAGAACUCUCACCAUGAGUUGGAAUCCGUUAGUCCUUCCGGUAUGUCUUCCCAUCGCUCGAAAUCUGGAGCGACAAAACCUGCCUAUUCCUACAUAGCACUUAUUGCUAUGGCCAUUUUAAAUGCCGAAGACAAGAAGUUGACGUUAUCGCAGAUCUGCGACUUCAUUAUGUCGCGAUUUCAAUACUACAGAGACAAAUUCCCUGCAUGGCAGAACUCGAUUCGCCACAAUUUGAGCCUGAACGACUGCUUUGUGAAAAUUCCUCGUGAGCCUGGCAAUCCUGGAAAAGGCAACUACUGGUCGUUGGAUCCAAAAGCCCAAGAUAUGUUCGACAAUGGCUCCUUCCUGCGACGGCGAAAAAGGUUCAAGCGACAACCUGAGCCGCAGGACAUGUCGCCGAUCGGUUUUCCACCAUUUCUGUCCUCGAUCGGACCAAUGGUGCCUUCACGAUUGCCGCUCCCGAUGCCGUCGAUCCUUCCACCUCUUCCACCAACUGCACCACAGCUGCCGUCAUCACUGCCCCGUCAUCCGAUGGCCAUGGUGCCAACGAUGAUGCCCAACGUGCCACCUAGGUUACCGUAUUUCUACCCCGGAAUUUCAUCGAAUAUCGACCAUCAAAAGCUGUUGGCGGCCCUAGCGGCGCAGUCCCCUCUGACGUCCACAGCGUCCGAAUGUGUACACACCUUGCACAAAGUUGAUUGA